CUGAAUCGUCUAUUUGAAAACUAGAAAGGAAAAAAAACACUACGGAGCAGGGGUUUUGUUGGAGAGGACGUUGUUUCAAGAAUCUGAAGUGAAAACAAAAUGGCAGAUGAAACCACAGCAACACCAACACCAAGAAGAGACCCCAUCAAGAAUCCAGUUGGGAAUGCUGCUGCGCAAAGGAGAAGGCAGAAUGCGGUUUCGGUGGGUAAAGAAAGAAGAGAAGCUUUGUUUCGAACUAAACGAUUGUGUAGAGUGGGAGUUAGUAGUGAUGUGGAUGUUCCGGUUGAUAGUGACAUGAUGAUUGAAGAAGAACCAUCCAUUUUAGAGGCUCAAACAUCCUCUGCUGUUGAAGAACUGAAGACGGCAAUCACCUUUCAGGGGAAAGGUGCGGUCCAAAAGAAGGUGAAUGCUCUUCGCGAACUCAGGCGUUUAUUGUCGAGAUCCGAGUUUCCUCCUAUUGAAAUCGCCAUUGCAUCUGGAGCAAUACCUUUACUUGCACAGUGUCUGUCGUUUGGCUCACAAGAUGAACAGUUGCUUGAGGCGGCUUGGUGUCUUACAAACAUAGCUGCUGGAAAACCCGAAGAAACAAGAGCAUUGUUGCCAGCAUUACCCUUACUCAUUGCUCAUAUCGGAGAGAAGAGUUCGAUGAUGGUUGCUGAGCAGUGUGCGUGGGCAUUAGGAAAUGUAGCUGGUGAAGGCGAAGAUUUGAGACAUAUUCUUAUUUCUCAAGGAGCCUUACUUCCUCUUGCAAAAAUGAUGUUUCCAAACAAGGGUUCAACAGUUCGAACCGCUGGCUGGGCUUUGUCAAACCUGAUUAAGGGCCCGGACCCGAAGGCUGCAACAGAACUCAUAAAAAUCGAUGGUGUAGUAGAGGCUAUACUACGACAUUUGAGGAAAUCGGACGAGGAAAUAGCGACUGAAAUAGCAUGGGUUGUCGUGUAUCUCUCAGCUCUUUCAUCGGUGGCUACUAGUGUGCUUGUGAAGACCGAUCUUCUUCAAUUACUAGUUGAACGAUUGACCACCUCAAAUAGUCUGCAAUUACUCAUCCCGGUGCUACGGAGUUUAGGUAAUCUUAUAGCAGGUGAUACCUACACAACUAACGCGGUUCUUGUUCCUGGACAUGAAAUAACAGAUAAUAUUAUACUGGCGUUAACUAAGUGUCUAAAAAGCGAGCAUCGUGUCUUGAAGAAGGAAGCUGCAUGGGUGCUUUCAAAUAUAGCCGCUGGUUCUGUUGGCCACAAGCAAUUAAUAUACAAAAGUGAAGCCAUGCCGUUAUUAAUACAGCUUCUGAUGACAGCACCAUUUGACAUUAAAAAAGAAGUGGCUUAUGUUGUUGGUAACCUAUGUGUUGCUCCAGCAGAAGGUUCCGGAAGAUCGAGUUUAAUAUUUGAUCACUUGGUUUCAUUUGUUAGAAGCGGAUGCCUUCGUGGUUUUGUUGAUUUGGUUAGAUCUGCUGAUAUUGAAGCCGCACGACUUGGACUUCAAUUCAUGGAGCUGGUGUUAAGAGGGUUGCCUAACGGCGAGGGACCAAAGUUGGUUGAGAAAGAGGACGGGAUUGAUGCCAUGGAACGGUUUCAGUUUCACGAAAACGAAGAUCUUAGGAAUAUGGCUAAUCAGCUAGUCGACAAGUAUUUUGGGGCGGAUUAUGGGCUCGAUGAGUAGUAACCGGUUUGUUUGUGCUGUAUCUUUGUAUGUGAUUUCCCACAGGUUAAUCAUGUAACAUUCAGCUUUGAUUUCUCAAGGCUAACUGUUGACAGUUGCAGUUUUUUACUUUGUUCUCAUUUUGAGUGUAUAUGAUGUCAAUCUGGCUGCCUAACAAUUUUUCAGAGUAAGGGUGUAAAUGAGUUGACCCGCUAGUAAGCACU